AUUGGCUUUUUUUUAUAAUCAAGAAAUUCUUCUUCACUUGUGGGACUAUAUUAUUGGGUAUGUUGUUGUUGUUGUUUUGAUCGAAAAAUCCGUCCAAAGCUGACCCUUUGGGCCAAUCGCAGCCUUCAAAACUCGAGAUGAUGGGCGUGCCCCUCUACCCAUCUCCACUUAAAUACCAAAGUUAGUUCGGUUCUCGCAGGGCUCGAACCUAUUUUUUAAAACGCAAGUUCCUCUACCUAUGCCAAUUGAGCUGACCUCAUGCAAGGACAUAAGGAGCCCAAUAACCAAUUACACCAAAGUAGUCGAUAUCUAUCGGGGUCCUUUUAAAUAUAUAAAGGUUUUUAAGAUAUAUACACUAUAUGGCUUUUCCGAGGUUAGCGGUGGCAUGUGACCCUCUCCUAAUAGGUGGGUCCGCCUCUGAGUAGAAUACAUAAUUAAAUAUGAUGGGAAAGAGUAUUAUAAAAUGUAGAUUCAUAAUCAAAUCUUAUUACCCAAUUAGAGCAAUUGAUCACCACAAUCAUAUCCAAAACUUACUCUAAUUAGUUACUUGUUGUCUUCAACAAUGAUCAAGAAAGCUGUUGUGGCCUCAGUUCUGGUGCUUUUAGCCUUAGUUUUUCAAGCUAUUUCCCCCCCUCCUCCCAAAAUUUGUAGCUUUUCAGGUGAUCCAUCCCUCACCUCAAGAAUCAAACUUAAAGAUGGAAGAAAUUUGGUGUACAAAGAGUAUGGGGUGCCCAAAAAAUUGGCCAACUAUAAAGUUGUAUAUAUUCAUAGCUUUCGUACAAGCAAAUUCGAGGCUGCCCUUAUAACUUCGAAAGCAGUUGAAGAAUUAGGGGUAUAUGUGGUGCCUUUUGAUAGACCAGGUUAUGGAAAAAGUGAUCCUCAUCCAAAGAGAACUUUUAAAAGUUUAGCUCUUGAUGUAGCAGAGCUUGCUGACCAAUUGGAACUUGGAACUAAAUUCUAUGUUAUGGGAUUUUCCUUGGGUGGUCAGCUUGUUUGGGGUUGCCUUAAGUACAUACCUGAACGCUUGGCAGGAGCUGCACUAUUGGCUCCAGUAGUAAAUUUGUGGUGGCCUGGAUUUCCAGCAAACUUGACUAAACAAGCCUUUGAUGAGCAGUUACUUAGAGACCAAUGGGCUUAUCGAGUUAUACAUUAUGCUCCAUGGAUUGUGUACUGGUGGAAUACUCAACAAUGGUUUCCUGGAUUUAGUGUUAUAACUGGGGAACACAAAUUGUCUCAACAAGAUCUCCAAAUUGCAUCCUCACUUGGUGAGAUGCAACUUCAAAAGGCAUAUGUAACACAACAAGGGGAGUUUGAGUCACUCCAUCGAGACCUGAUUGCAACUGGUUUUGGUAAAGUCGAAUUCAAUCCUAUGGAUUUGAAGAAUCCUUUUCCUAACAAUGAAGGCUUUGUACAUUUGUGGCAUGGUGUUGAAGAUGGCAUUGUCUCUGUUAAACUCCAACGCUUCAUCGCGCAAAACCUUCCAUGGAUCUUGUAUCAUGAGCUACCAGAUGCUGGACAUAUGUUUCCUUAUGGUGAUGAUAGUGUAAAAGAUGCUAUAUGGAAGACCCUUUUAUCUGGAAAAAUUUAACUGAUUUUUACAGAAAUGGUAGUAAUUGUAUAGUCUUUCAAAGCCUUAGUUUUCAGCUUGGAUGUUUAAAGGCAAAAAGAUUGGAAUGUUCAAAAUAAAUUAAGCCUCUGAGGAGUCUAAGAUUGCCUAAAUGCUCAUACUGAUCAUGAGAAGUGGAAUUAUCUUUAUCCGUUGACUGUUGUUCAGCUUGAAUAAAGAUAUAUAUACUCCUUCCA